UUAGAUGCAUUUUAGAUGUGACUCGUGUUCAUUUGUUUAGUAACUUAAUUUCUUUGUUGAUGUUCUUUUUGCCGUGACCCUGUUCGAACAGGAAGCAGCUAUGACACGAAACGGUACGCAACACACACACUCAUUUUGUAAAGUGGUAAAACAUUCAGAGUGUGUCUGUCAUGUUUGAAUCUGAUUUUGUCUGUAUGAGAUGAAAUUAAUCACUUUACACCUCCUGCUGUGUUGACAACAAGAUGGAUCAAAACAUUGCUGAUAUUCUGAAUGAUGCAUUCAAAGAAACAGAGACAAAGUUUGAGAAUUUGAACUUUGAUGAUGACGCAGCAACCACACACACCGUUAAUGUACCUCAACAUAAGCUAGACAUGGAGGAGGGCAACGAUCUCAGAGAAUCCAGUGGAUCUGAUUCAGACACAGAUUUAGAGUGGACAAAUAGGGAAGAGGGAACUAAGCACUGUUUUGAGAACAAUAGGAACUUCUCUUUAGACGAACAAAGCAUGAAGGCAGGAUCUGCGCUCUGUGGUUCAUGGGAUGACAACGAUGCAGUCGAAAACAAGACACAAACCCAAAACCAGCAAUUAAGCUUCCAUGAAGAGGAUUGCAGAGAGAAUGACUUUGAGCUAUGUGAAGGCAUCCAUAAAAUGAGCAACGAACAAGCUGAAGAUGUCAAUGUGCUGGAAAUGGUUCUACCAGAAGGAACUCACUAUGAUCUGGAUACACUGAGCUCAACUGCAAAUGAGAGCUCAACAUUAAAAGAGGAAGGAAUGGAGCCUGACAGAACUGGGGAACAUGUUCCAGAUGAUGAGCAGCUCAAUCGUUUUAGUGGCGUACAGUCAACAUUGCAAGACUGGCCAGUAAAAUCCACCCCAAUCAAUAGAGGAGAGGAGUCCCAAUCAAUAGAGGAGAUAAAAGAAUUUACAGAAGAAGAUCAUGAGGACCAUGAGAGAAACGAGGAAGGUUUAGCAGAGUACCCUUCUGAUCUGUCUCAAAGUGACAGUGGAGACAGCAGUGAAGGGCCCGAGGGUGGACAAUCCAAUCACAUGGACGUCAAGCAAGCUGAGGUGCAAGCUGUAGGCCUAGGUUCGUCCUAUGAGACAAAGAACCCAGAAGAAUUUCCUUACAGUGUUGUAACAUCAAGGGAAGAUUAUGAUGUCCAAAAGAAAGAUGAAUGUAUGGAUCCUGCAGACAUGCUCACCUGUGUCAGGAAUGAGGAUCUGUACGUGGAGACAACAACCGGAAAAUCAGAAGAUGACACAUUGCUCCAGAAAGAUGCUGAAUUGCACAGUGAGAUUUCAAACAUUGGGGAAAGUUCUGAUUAUGGAAUCUCUGAGAAUUUCCAAUUAAAAUCCAUUGAGUCCCAGCCAGACAACGACAGUGAUUUCAGCAGUGAUGGUGACGACUACUGCAAAAAUCAAGUCUCAGAAGACAAAAACACACCUGUCCAGAAACAGGAGCACACCUUCACAAAGGACUUUGCUACAGACUGGCACAGUAUUGAGCAUGAAGCAGUGGAUGGAGUGGUCAAAGAUAUCUUGCAACUACGGAAGUGUAAUGUAUCCAGCAUUCUGGCGUCUCAAGGAACUGUAAUAGAAGGUUCUACUGAGACUGAUUCAUAUGAAAACAUAAGCAUUGUUGACUCUUUGAACAACAAAGAAUAUAACAGUGAACAUUCAGAAGUUUCAGAUACUGGAGAAAAUAUUAACACUUUGUUACCUGGGACGUUUUGGUCCCAGGACAAUCUGAAGCUUGAUGAAUAUGACUGGGAAAUUAAUGGAGAAGAAGUGAUCUGUGAUGAAGAGGACAAUUACCUAAAAGAGCUGGAGAACGAAGAGGAGGUAACUGAGAGAGACUGGGAGAAAGAAAAGGCAAGAAUUGAAGCAUUUAACAGAUACUACGAGUCUGUUGAAGGCGAAGAAAACAAGGGGAGAAGCCACAAAGUCACAUUUUGUUUGGAACCAGAAUCCUCUCAGUAUGAGGAAGAUAGUUGCAGCAGUGAAGAGGAACCGAGCACAAUAGGUUGCAUCAGUGAAUUGCAUCUUCCAGAGUCCAGUUCAAUCAAACAAGACCAAAGCAACAAAGAAGACAGCCGUGAACCCUCACACAUCAGAGAAAAUAGCAGUGUCCUUCUGAUGGAUGAGGACAACAUGAAGCUUGAUGAUUAUGAUUGCAACAUUAAUGAAGAGGUUAAAACUGACUCAAGUAUGUUCGGUGAUGACGAUCACGAUUUCUUGGAGAAGCUUAAAAUUGAAAUAGAGAGAGAUAUGAAACAGGAACAAGCAAGAAUUGAUGCAUCUAACAGAUAUUAUGAAGAGGAUCAAAGUGAGGCCACAGACAGGAGUCACAAAGUUAUGCUCAGAUUUCGCCAACAGUCUUCUCAAAAUGAAGAAGAUAAUGAUAGCAGUGAACAGGAAUCAAACACAGAGGAUGACACUGCCAGCGUCCUGAGGACUGAGGACCAAAGUGAUUCUGAUGAACCAAAUGAGAGACGCUUGUACACAGGAAGGUACAAAGUCUUACCAAAGGCGGUGCAAAAGGCAGACAAGCAGCUGAAGGAACAACCUAAGAGAAAUAAGUGCGUUGUGCUGCUGAGUUCAGUGUUAGCCGCGAGCCUAGCGACGGCGGUGGGUGUACUUUCUUACUGGUGGGCCACAGACAGCCUGGACCGGAUCUACUGAAUUCACACGAAUCUUUAAUAUUCAACAUAAUUCAAAACACACGCACGCACACACACACACACACACAUGCACGAAUCAAGGCCUCUGCAAGUAUGACUGAUAAACCACGGCAAAACAUCUCAUGAAACAAAUCAGCAGACUGAGACAAAACCAACUUUAUUUCCUUACAGUAUGCAACCUAAUAUUGUAAUGUUUGAACAGAGUUUUGAAAUACAGCUUCGAAAAAUGUUUAUAUCUUUUCAUAUAAUUAUCCCUAUUUUCUUACAUAAACCACAUCUAGAUAGAUUCAUCUUUCUCCUUUUUACUGGGAAUAGUGAUACAUUUGCAGAUGUAAGUGGUCUCUGGGCUCUACAGGAAACCUGUACAAACAAGCGCUUUCAAUGUAAAACUGACCUGGAAAAACAAAACUAAUAAAUGCAAUCCAUAACUUUUCAAUUCCUUUA